UUAAUCUUCCGCGUCCCAAAGAUCGAGUUGAGACACAUUGAAAAAGAUCAAUACUCUUCUUUUAUAACAAAAUGGAGGUGUCUGGGCAGAUAACUGUAGACACAAAGCAGAUCCCUCAAUUAUUCUGUUUUCCAUGCGACCAAGAUGGACGGAAGGAGCCGGCUUAUGGCUAUUGUCAAGACUGCCAGGAGCACCUCUGCAAAACUUGCUUUGAACAUCAUACAAGACCAAAGCCAGCUAGGAAUCACGUACUGCUUGACAAAGACGAAAUGCCACUUCAGCCAAUUACCGUUGACAUUAACUUGGAUACAACGGACAACUGUACUGAACAUACAAAUAAACCUCUGGAGUUCUACUGUAACAAUCACGAUGCUAUAACAUUUUACGUGUGUGUUACACUUAAACAUAAACAAUGUAGAGUGGACUAUAUUCCUGAUGUUUCAGGAAAUUUGUCGGACGAGUUGAAAAAUUUGACUACAAAGAUGGAAAUGAUGGUCAAGGAGUAUGGAUCAAAAAUCAGACGGACUGAAGCUUCGACAAAACAACUUGAUCAAAGUCAUGGAAAAGUCGUUGAAGAAAUAAAGUUUUUCAGGAAAGAAAUAAACGCAUAUUUGGAUCAGAUGGAGUCUAUAAUAGUAAAGGAAGCCGAUAAUCUUACUACCGCAGCAAAGCUAAAACUCAAGAAUGUCAAAGUUGUCUGCGGAGAGAUAGUUGAGGAAGUGAAGCGUUCACAAUCAGUUUUAAAUGCUUUAAAUAAGGAAAACAAACACAAAAAACUUUUUAUUGAAAUGAAAAAUGUACGAUCCGUUAUGACAACACUAACUGACAAAGGAACACGCGCUAUCGAGUACAACAAAACAGAUGAUUGCAUCAAAUUUGUCCGUGACGAAGAUAUACUUAUGCAGUUGAAGAUUGCGAAAAGCUUUGGAACUACUUUAACGUAUGAAGCACCCACAGCAGAUAUGAAAUUAGAAGCUCAAUAUGAAAAAGCAUGUUACAUGACAUUUUCAUCUGAAAAUCAAUGUAAUAUCGUUGGAAUGGUAAUGAUUUCUGACACACGAAUGCUUGUGGCUGAUAAUCGCAAUAAAGUUAUUAAAAUGAUUGAUGUAAACACGGGAGCGCUGAUAUCAAAAAUAACCCUGUCUUCGGCACCAUCUGAUGUUACAAAGCUUCCAGACAAUAAGCUUGCAGUCGCCAUACCUGAUGAAAAGUGUUUACAGAUGAUGUCUUACAAUGCCUCAACUUUGACGUUAGAUCGUCGAAUAAAUGUUGGAGUAGAGUGUAAGUGUGUAGCUUAUGGUCAAGGUAAGCUAGUAGUCGGCUGUGGUUGUUUUAGCAGAAGAAAGCUAGUUAUUUUAGAUAUUAUAGGAAAUAUAACACAGGCGUUUGAUGCUCCUGGAUUGUUUGAUUCACCUCAAAAGAUUAUUAUUAGCAGGGAUGAGAAAUUCAUGUAUGUAUCUAAUUACAAGGACAUAUUUUUCUCUCGCAAGACUGGCAAGUGUAUAAAAAUGGACUGGCAAGGUACGGUCGUACAAACAUACGAGGAUUGCAUACUAGGAUUUCCAAAUGGAAUACAAGAGUUAGAAGAUGGAACACUGCUAGUGUGCUACAGUAACAAUCCACGUAUUGAAAGACUGUCGAGCAGCUUCAAGAAAUGUGAGGUUGUGGGAUUCGAGCAAGCAAAUCUGGCUGCUCCUAACACUGUAACAUACAGUGAAAGAGAUCACAGACUGUUCAUUAGUUGUUGUUCUUCCUCGCAAUAUAAUUAUGGAAAUAACACAAUUAAGGUAUUCAAUGUAAGAUGGAAAUGACAGCUGGAAAGAACAUUAUAUUAAGUUUUUGAUUCUACAUACUAGUAUAUGCCUCAUCUGAUACAACAAAAAUAAUCCAUAGUAAACCUUUUUCACAAUCCUGAACAUAAAACAAACAAAUUAAAUAAAUUUGUUUCAUAAGUAGUCAUUUUGAAACUUUUCCUUAGUGUAUAAAUAUCGUUUUUGUUUUGUAUACAGUGUUACACAGAAUAAAUUAUGUUUUUUUUUCAGUAAUGUGUAGUGAAUCAGAAGCAUAAUUUGUAAACUCAUUCAAUUUGAAAGUUUCAUUAUCCACGGCAAUGUUAGUUGUUAUUUUCAUUUUUUGUCAUUCAUUCAUAAUUUAAUGUUGUACAUGAUUGAUCGUCUUCCGCAUAACCUUUGAACUUGUUUUAGCGCAAAAUUGGUAACUAAAUUGAUAACUACUUUUUAACUUCAAAGAACUUAUUCUGCAU